ACAUUGUGAAAAAACAAAUAAGUGCCAAAGGGAAGAACCAUAAGAGCAUGCACUUAAACAAGUUACAAUUAAACAACAUGAAACUCAAAAAGUGGAAGAGUGUACCUAUCAACAGUAGAAUAUUUCACAGCGAGUACAAAAGUUUAUAUUUGUUAUAACUAACCAACAAGAGCAACAAGUCUCUCAAUAAGAGUCAUUAUGAUCCUGGAGGAAACUAACAAUGGGUCCAGCCAAACAUUCAGUCAAGCAUUUUUAUGAUGUAGGCGUGAAAAUGAGCUUCCCCUCUUUGAAAGACAAACAGCCGCCACUGCACUUGAACUACUGUGGUGUUCAUAGGAACCAUUUGACAGGUGGCCCCUGUCCCAGCAAAGCCACCAUCAAAGGGAAGACAGUGGUCAUAACAGGAGCCAACACAGGCAUCGGGAAAGAAACAGCUCGAGAACUGGCAAGGAGAGGGGGUCGGGUUAUUAUGGGAUGCAGGGACAUGGAGAAGUGUGAGGAUGCUGCCAAGGAGAUUCGAGGGAAGACUCUGAACCCUCACGUGUAUGCACACCACAUCGACCUGGCCUCCAUCAAAUCCAUCCGCCAGUUUGCAGAAAGGAUUAAACACGAGGAGAAACGUGUGGAUAUACUGAUAAACAACGCAGGUGUAAUGAGAUGCCCUGCUGGAAAAACUGAGGAUGGCUUUGAUGUACAGUUUGGAGUCAACCACUUAGGACAUUUUUUGCUAACAAAUCUUCUGCUGGACAAGUUAAAAGAGUCUGCCCCCAGUAGAGUGAUCAACCUGGCUUCUCUCGCUCACAUCGUUGGGGAAAUAGACUUUAAUGACCUCAACUGGGAGAAGAAGAAGUUUGACACCAAGCGGGCCUACUGCCAAAGCAAGCUGGCCAACGUUUUAUUCACCCGAGAGCUCGCAAAGAGGCUUGAAGGGACUGGGGUUACUGUAAAUGCCCUGCACCCAGGGGUUGUUGCCACAGAUCUGGGGAGACACACUGGCCUGCACCAAUCACAGUUCUCCAGCUCAGUACUGAGUCCUUUCUUCACGUUACUGGUGAAGGGUCCGGAGCUGGGAGCCCAGCCCAGCGUCUACCUGGCGGUGGCCGAGGAGCUUCAGGGGGUGUCGGGACGCUACUAUGACGUGAUGACAGAGAAGGAACCGGCGCCCAACUCCCUCGACCAGGAGGUGUCUAGCAGGCUGUGGGAGGCCAGCGCCAGGCUGGUGGGGCUGGAACUGACGGGAGGGGAGACGGAGAAGGAGCAGGCUAAGACGCCCACACGGACAGCAGCACCCGCAGAAACUGGUCCCCAUCCCUGCAGCACAGACACAGACACAAGGAGGGAGACCUGAACUUUUGUCUGUCAGUCUGACACUGAAGCCAUGGAGACCUCGAGUAUUCAUAUGGGCUCUGACAGGGACAGGAGCCUUAGUGGAACUAUUUAAUUGAGAAUGCAUUCAUGUUAAUGACUUAUUUUGACUGUGUAUUGGGAGAUUCUUGGAAAGGCAUUGUGACAAAAGUGACUUGUUCAGCACCCAACAUUUUUAUUUUAAUUUUUUUAUGUCUUGGCAAUCAUGUCAAUUUAGGUUUCAUUUAAACUAUUGUCACAAUGAAGUAAUAUUUAUGUAAAUUGGAUGUGUAGAACUGUACCACAAACUAAAGUCCUCCGAGAUCUCUUGAGGAUAUUCCCAUAUCUUUGUCCUCUGAUACAGAAUGUGAUGUAGUUCUGAUGCACUUCUGUUGCUCCAUGGAGCUAUUGAAGGGGCUCAAGGGGAAAUAUUCCUUGUAAUUAAUUUAAAUAACUGACAUCUGAACAUUCGAUGCGCAGUUUAUUAUUAAAAGCUUAAGGGACAUUUAUCAUUGGAUAAACUAUUAUUGAGCAAUGAGGCACAGGGUUAGUAAUUGUCCAUGUGACGACAAGCGGACCCCCUUACGGACCCCCCUAAAUGUAGUUUCAAAAUCAUAAAGAAAACAUGGUAUUUUGCCUGUUAAUGCAUGCAAUGCAGUAAAGAAAACUACAUGACAAUAAUGUUUAAUGACCAGUCCUGAAAUGUUAGGCUUUAUCUUAAUCAUGAAUUGGCUUGGGGGGUAAUUACAUUCAAAGCACUCACAACACCGUAACAAGAUUUACCUCGCGUCCUCUUAGAUCUUAGAACUCACACCAAGGAUUUCCCCAGGCACACGUGAUAUUGUGUAAUUUGGAGUCCAGAGCCCCAAAGCAAUCCGUUUUAUUCGUUUUAGGCAUUUGUGCAUUUGUUUAUGAUUUCGCUCUUGUCUCUCUUGAUCUUAUCAUUUUUAAAUAGCCAAUGGCUCUGUGUGUUUACCCCUCUCUGGUUGGAAGCAGCUCGAUAUCGCCAUCUGGGGGUUACAGCCGGUAAACUACAAAGAAUGAAGCUUCGUUCGGUUCAGUCAGUUAUUGAUGUGUCAAUUCUUUUCAAUUCUUUCUCAGACCUGUAAAAUGAUGUACAUUUAAUCUCAGGCUCUUUGUGGUGUAUUACUAACGAGUAUGUAUUUAUCUUUGUUUAUCAAAUUUGUACUCGGAAUUCAACAAUCUACAACACUGUAUAUGCUAGAAUGAGUGUGUGGCUCAUGUCCUGAAAGUUAUCGGAAAUAUUGCCUGCUCUAAUGCACAUAUUCCUUUCACUGUGAAGCAGAACAUAAAAAUACAACCAUUAGCUAAUCUAUACAAAAUUGUGGUCAUUUCUCUCCAGACACUAAGCAGAGCAGCCAUGUAGGCUGAGUGCUUCAGCAGAGAGUUGAACCCUGUGCUGUUUCAGGGAUCCAUUUCAUGGGACUCUUCCCAUCGAUAAAUCCCCUACUUCAUAUGAGACGAGGGCUUUCUCCGUGGUAAUGCACCGUUCUGAUCAUCGAUCCUGGAAAUUAACAUUAUCCAGGCUAGCAGCUAAUCUGGUGUAGGUUUGCAAACGAAGACGGAUGGAGCCAUCGUAAAACAGUCACUGGAGGAGGAAAAAUUGAUUUAAUUUCUGCAAGACUCAUGACCUCAUGACACAAUCUGGAACGUUAAGAAUGUAUUUCAGUUUUUGGAUGUAACAUUUUGAUAUAAGUGUUAUCUUUCAGUCUUCAGGAUUGUAAACCUGGACUGUGUUUAACUAAUAUAGAACUUUAAGUGAAAGUUAUAGCUACAAAUGUACUACUUUUGACCUUGGUAUUCUGUAGAACAAUGAUGAACUUGUUUUGCACAUCUUUUCUGGCCUUGAAGUAGCAUAAACA